AGGAGCCAAAGGAAAGAGGAGAAAAAGGUGUUGCAGAGGCGAGGCUCGCGCGUCGUUGCUGCUGGCCGUAGUCGGCGACUCGUGGCGCUGCUUGGGCUUCUCCUGCUUGAGCAGGGGGCUGGACUAGAAGACCUCCAAGGUCCCCCUUUAGCCUUUCAUUCCCGGCGGCGUCCCUGCAGCUCUGGUCGCCUUUCCUGCAGCAGCUGCGAUGCGCCUGAUCCAGAACAUGGGGACCAUCGCCGAGUAUCCCCAGGCGGAGAACGCCAGCCGCGGAGACGGCUGCGCCUCCGGGCGCCCUCGGCUCAUCAAGAUCGCUGUGGUGGGCGCCAGCGGGGUGGGCAAGACCGCCCUGGUAGUGAGGUUUCUCACCAAGAGAUUCAUUGGAGAUUAUGAACGUAAUGCAGGUAAUCUGUACAGCAGACAGAUUGAAAUUGAUGGAGAGCUGUUUGCAAUUCAAGUACAAGAUACACCUGGAGUACAGAUGCACAGACACAGCCUGGAUUGUAAUGAACAGCUGAACAAGUGCCUUCGCUGGGCGGAUGCAGUUGUAAUUGUCUUUUCGAUUACCGAUCACAAAAGUUAUGAACUCCUUGGCCACGUCCACCAGCAUAUACGGCAGGUGCAUCCCGGAAAUCGCGUGCCCGUCAUUAUUGUAGCCAACAAAGCAGAUCUGCUCCAUGUUAAAGAAGUAGAACCUCAGCACGGACUUCAGCUGGCCGGCUUGCUGGGCUGUAAUUUCUACGAAGUAUCUGUCAGUGAGAACUACAAAGAGGUAUUCUGUGCCUUCCACAGCUUGUGCAAAGAAGUCAGCAAGCGGCAAGCCACGGGCACCCCAGAGAAACGGAGGAGUUCUCUCAUCCCAAGGCCUAAGUCACCCAACAUGCAAGACCUGAAGAGAAGGUUUAAGCAAGCUCUGUCGGCCAAAGUGAGGACCGUUACGUCUGUCUGAAAGGUUGAACUGGGUGGAUGAAGGGUCUUCAUGCCUCCUCAGAGUCCAUUAGGUCCAAUUCUGGUACAUUUUGCUGGCAGCCGGGCAACCGAGCAAGAUCAAAGAGAGGGAAAGUGUAUGUGUGCAGGCAAUUAUUGGACUAGUGAAUAUCAAGCAUUGCGCAAAGGAGAAACUUCACCAAAACUUGAAUAAGUUCCUAAAGAAGAGAUACACUGCAUACUUUCACGCUGAAAGCAGGAUAUUUGAAUGCAUUCAGAACAUUGCCUAUUCUGUGACGGAGUUAGGAUAGCUUAGUAUUUGCUAUCCUGUUACUUUAAUUGUAGAAGAAGAUGGGGGGAAAUACUCAGAAUGCCAUCUUCUUUAAUUGGAAACAGAGAUCCUUAUACUAUUGAAUUAGGGCUGGCUUCUUUUAUAAAUCUCCCUAGAGGUUUUACUUUUUUUUUACUCCAGUUCAUGAGGUACAAGUAUCUCUGUUCCAACAAAGCAGUAACAAUCUUUGGUAUAAAAUGUCUGGGCAUUAUUAAGGGAUUGUAUUUGAUUGUGAUAAGAUAUACCGUGCUAAGAAUGCUUACAAUUUUUACAACUCUGUUAUAUUCUCAACAUUUUAAGAUAUUCUGAAGAUUGUCGGUCAUCUGGUGCAACGUUGAAUUUAUUUUCAGAUAAAUCCAAAUUAACAGAUCUAAAUAUGGGUUGAAAUUCAUACAGUUUCGGUCCAUGCUAUUUCUUUGCUAGGUGUGGAGCAGAUGUUUCAUAGCUGAGCCAUAUCUCUGGUUGAGGCAGAAAGGACAUUCCACAGUUAUAUCAAGCUGCCUUUUGUGAUUAUCUAGCCCAGGAGUAGGCAACCUUGGCUCUUUUAUGAUUCGUGGACUUCAAUGCUGGCUCAGGAAUUCUGGGAGUUGAAGUCCACGAAUCAUAAAAGAGCCAAGGUUGCCUACCCCUGAUCUAGCCAAAUGCUGGACCAUGAGGCUUGUCCCGUAAAGCAGAACACGUCUAAAAUAAGAUAUGCAAACAUGACAUUGAUGCAGUUUAACAAAAAGCAACACUGUGCUUUCCCAUUAAGCGGUAACUUAUUUAUUUUAUGCUUCAGAAGCAUUACCAGGAUACAACUUCUUUAUUUUUGUGUCAUCAUUAAAUUAAACAAUGUUUUCUCAAGAA